AUGAAUGAUCUUGUUCAAAGCUUUGAGUUAAUCUUGAAUAAACAGAACAGAAAGAAAUCAACAGCUCUUUACAGGGAAACUGUAAACCAAAAAGAACAGUCUUAUAAACCACAAGAUGUGAUAUCAAGUGUAUUUCAUCAGCUUAAAGCUAUACAAAAUGCUGAUUCAUCAAAAAGUGAUAAUCGAACACCAAAAUAUUUACAAAAAUAUAAAAAUUCGACGUUUAGUGUAAAUAAUUUGCCAACAGUAGAUGAAGAGCCACCAAAACAUACAACAAAAUUUGACACACAAUGCAUCUCUGAUACCCAACUUAUGAAUGUAAUAGAAGAUGCAGAAAUUCUAGAAGCUCAUCAGGGAAUGACUCAAGAAUUUGAAACGGCUUUCCUUCACACUAACACAGAACACCAAAGUGAUAAAUAUGUAGAUAGUAGUGGUAUUGAUACUGUUAAAGAGACCAAUCAGUUAAAUGAUAGUGUUAAGAAUAGGGAUAAUAAUGAUGUUGGAGAACAACUAAUUACUGAAAUGUACAAUACUAGUACAGAGAACGAAAUAUUAGAAUUUACAUCUAAAAUAGACCAUAAUAAAGAACCAACAAACAUUAAUAAUGAGUUUAAUGAAAACGAAUCUAGUAAUCUAAAUAAUUUAGUUGAAGAUAUUGAAUUUUCUACAGAAACUAAUCUUAAUAAUAAUACAGAAAGCCAUAACAUUGAAAUGGAACAACUAAGUCAAGUAUUAGUAACAAAAAAAACUAAUUUCAAAAGAAAUCAAAUUAAAACCCGAACCUUUAGUCACAAACCUGAUAGUAAAGAUGAAUAUAGUUCAGAAACUGAAAGUCAGUUUGACCAGAAUUCAGAAACAAACAAUGUUUACAACAAAGAUAGACCACCUGUAUUUACAACCAAAAAUGACAUUUUAAAAUCAAAGUCACCAUCUCCUUUGGUUUUUAAUCUAGAUCAGUUUGAACAGUUUGAGACCAUGGCCCUGUCACUAUUAGAAUCGGAAAGUUGUGCUAUGGGGAUACAUGUAAUAAACUCUCAAAUAUUACAUAAAGAAUUAUGUUUCAAUAUGAAUAAAGAAACAGAUUUAACGGAUUCAGAUAGAGUUAGAGUUGUUGAUGAAAAAGUUGAUCUUGAUGUAGUUAAAGAAAUUAUUACAAUAGACAAUGCAAAUUCAGAAAAGAUUGUUCAUCAGGUAUCAAAGCAAAACAUUCGAGAUGAUUUAAAAAAUAAAAGUGAUAAAUCCAAUGAUGUUUUAAAAGAUGAAAUCCUCUUUAGUAGUGAUGAAGAAGAACAUUCUGUACACAAGGAGUAUCAAGAUCUUCCGUUUACCUGUGCUUUAGAAACCUCCUUUUAUAAUCAGUCAGAUGUUCUGGAUAAGACUAUGUAUGUUGGAUUUCAAACUGCUAGUAAUAGGUCUAUACAGAUUUGUGCAGAUUCAUUUGCUAGAGCUAAAAGCAUUUUGAAUGAUGUGACGAGUGAUGAGAUUACCAUAACUGAAUUGGUGAACAAUUGUAACAGUUCUAUUAAAGAAAAAGAGACAAUUGACAUGUUGAAAGAAUGUACCCCAAAUUUGGAUCAAAAUGCAGAACUAUCACAAGUCAUUCAUCAAGACCUAAAAUUAUCUUCUGGUGACCUAGUUGGCUUUAUGACAGCUAAUAAUAAAAAGAUAGAACUCUCUAAACGGGCUUUAGCCAGAUGUAAAAAAGUAUUUCAGGAUAUUGAUUUGGAUGAAAAGUUCGACUGUAGAAAUGGCGAAGAAGAUUCACAUGAAAAGAAUAAGGAUGAGGACAACAACCAUAUUGAAAGUGAACUUCAUACUUGUGAUACUGAAAAGGAAUUCACUAAAUAUUGUGAAAAUCCUGUUGAUAAUGUUAUAGGUUUUGAUGAAGAAAUGGUAGAAGAGUUUGAAAAUAUUGAAAUGUCUUUGGAUGACUUAAACGUUAAAAAAGCAGUUACAGUGCCAUCGAAUACUUUAAAAAUAAACACUAAAACGUCAUCUGAAGUUGCUUGUGAUAAUACAGAAAAUGUAUUAGAAGAUGUGCCCUUCCAUGAAAAGUCAAAUGAAAAUAUUUCGAAAGAAAAUAAUAUUAAUGAUAACGUACUAUCACAAAUUCUUGGUAAUUAUAAAGUAAAAACACAUAAAACUAAAACUAUUAUAGAUGCUAAAAUAAAUAAUAAUAACCACAUGAAUAUUUCUAAAGAUUAUAGAUUAUGCGCACAAAAUAAAAAUAUGAUUAAUUCUGUAAAGGAAAUAAGCAACGAUGUGUAUAAUGACCAAAAAGGAGAACCUUCAAGUGAGAGAGACGUAAAUUUUAAAACUGAGCCUGAAAAUAUGAAAAUUACACAUGAUGAUAUAGCUCAAACUAAAAACCAUUUUAAAGAUUCUGUUGAGGAAAUACCUAAAGUUGUGUCAAACACAGAGAAAUAUCGAGAUUGUAUAAAAGUGAAUCUUAACCAGCCUUCCACCAGCACAGGUUUUCUUGGCUUUAAGACAGCUAAUAACAAAAAUAUCGAAAUAUCUAAAAAAGCUUGGAGUAAAAGUAAAAACGUGUUUAACGACAUAGAUUCUAUGGAACUUCCUAAAAAAGAAAAUAAAGAUUAUCCAAACUCUUUGCAAAGAAAUAAAUGCAAAGUAAUUGGGAAAGCUGAUAGCAACUACUCAAACAAUGAAAUCCGAUUCGGAGGUUUUAAAACAGCAAGUAAUAAAAUCAUAGAUAUUUCUAAUGAGAGAUUUGCUAAUACUAAAAACAUAUUUAGUGAUAUUAAUUUUACAGAUUUACUCUCUGAGAAGCUAAAUGAGAAUCCACAAGAUGUAAAUGAUCCUGUAACUGGGAAGGAAGUAAGUGAAAUCAAACCAGAGGAAGCUCUUGGGUUUGUUGGUUUUAAAUCGGCUAGCAAUAAAAUGAUAAAGGUAUCUGAAAAAGCUAUAGCUCAAUCAAAAAAUAUUUUCAAAGAUAUAGACACAGAGUUUUCUAAACCACCUUUAAAAGAGAAUCAGGAAGAAGAAGAAAUGAAAACAUAUAACUAUAAAUAUCAGAAAAGUAGUUCAGAGAUUUCUACUGAAUCUAGCUGUGCGGGCUUUAAAACUGCAAGUAAUAAAAAUAUACAGAUUUCUCGAAAUGCUUUGGCUAAAACUAAAGAUAUUUUUAAAAACAUAGAUUCAAAAGACUUUAAACUACCUAAUGUAAAUAAAAAAGAUUACCCUGACUUUGAAGAACAUCUAACUGAAGAACAUGAUGAAAGUAAUGGUAAAAAUCCUUAUAAAAGUGAUAGAGAAAUUACUAACAGUAUUCAGCUUAAGCACUUGGUGGUAAAUAGGAAUCCAGAACUAAAAGUGUUAUUAAAUGUUGAAGAUAAAAAUAAAUGUAUAGAUAAGAAAAGGCAAGACUGUUCCAAUAUAAGACAUGAUAACAAUCCAGAAGAGGACUUAAAUUCUAUUAAAACAUCUAGUAACGAAACUCAUGUAGACUAUAUACCUACGAGUCCAGUUUUCAAUGUACCUUCAGCUCUUAAAAGACCAGUAUUUGCAAAGAGCCCAAAAAAAAGUAUAGCAAUGUUUGAUGAUUUAGAGAAUAGAAAUACGGGGGAUAUUCCCAUUAAUAUUGGAUUCGUGGGAUUUCAUACAGCCAGUAACAAACAAGUAAAAAUCUCCGACAAAGCAUUGGCCAAAAGUAAAAAAAUAUUCCAAGAUCUAGACAGCCGUGAUGACGUUAGUGUGGAGAAUACAAUUACCAAAGCUAAAACCCUAUACCCUGUAGAAAUUCUUCAAGAAAAUCAAGAAAGUACACAAGUAUUUGACAUACCUAUUAAUAAAAAUGAGUUUACAGGAACAUCUUUUAAAGGCUUUCAAACUGCAAGUGAAAAGCCAGUUGAAAUAUCAAGGUCAGCUUUAGAAAAAAGCAAAAAGUUGUUCACAGAUAUAGACAAAGUAAGUCUCAAAGCAAUUGGUAGUUGUGAAUUAGAAAGAAAUAAAACUACAGAUUCAAAAACUUUGACGACAGCUAAAGGACUCAAUUUUAAAGGUUUUCAAACAGCUAGUCAUCAAAAAGUCACCGUAUCUAAGGAGUCUUUGGUUAAAGCUAAACAAUUGUUUAGUGAUCAUGAAAUUCAAAAUAGUGAAGAAAAAGUAACAGUUAAUCCUUCAAAUUUGAAUGUAGGCUUUCAAACUGGCAAUAAUAAAGCUAUUGCUGUAUCCGAAGAAGCUUUGGCGAAAUCUAAAAGAUUGUUUUCCGAAAUAGAUGAAGAAUGUGUCGUAAAUACAGGAAAAAAGGAGAAAAAGAUGCACAAGGAUGAUAUUGAUGCCAUGCUAGACACUCAAGUUCUCAAUAAUUUUGAAGAGACGUUAUAUACAGAAGAUUUUGCAGUAUCUCCUAAGAAUACUAAAAGAUCUGGUAGUCCAAUAUUGUCUUGUCCUAGGGCCAAAAAAACAAAGAAAUUUGAGGUACCUUAUAACUUAAAACAAAUACCAAAACCUAUAGCAAAACCAAUUAAAGAAUCUACUAUUGAAAAUAACAAAAUUUCUUACAGAGAUAACUAUAAAAAGAACAUUACAUUCACGCUUAAGGAUUUAGAUAAUAUGUCAAAAAAUAUGAGUAAACCCAUAGAUCCAUAUUUACGUAGUUUUACAUUCGAAAACUUACUGCAAUUCGAAUUCAAUCACGAGCGAAAUGAUUUGUCCUCUGAUAAUAUGACAGUCGAUUUACUAAAACAAGAAUUCUUAAAUUCUGUUAACGCGAAAUUAAUACCAAGUGGAUGGAUAGAUAACCAUCUUAAACUGAUAUUGUGGAAGUUGAUUUCUUAUGAGAUUAAAUUCAAAUCUUUGUUAGUAUGUACGACUAAAAAUGUGACGGAACAGUUAAAAUUUAGAUAUGACAAAGAGUUAUACAAUGCGCAAAGGCCUGCUCUGAGAAAGAUCUAUGAAAAAGAUGAUUUGCCUUCGAAGACUAUAGCGCUUUGUGUGGUUGGAAUUUACGUGGAUGACUUCUUAGUAUCUAGCGUCACCGACACAUCUUCGAACAUAGAGUUAAUUUUGACAGACGGAUGGUACAGCAUUCGUUGUAAGAUAGAUAAAAUGUUGACUCAGAUAGUGUGCAGUGGUAAAAUCUGUGCUGGCAGCAAAAUUGCGACCACCGGAGCUGAGUUGAUAGGGUGUGAGCAGGGCGUGUCACCUUGGGAGGAUACUUCAGCCAUUCGUCUUAAAAUUUCCGGGAACUCAACCCGCCGAGCCAGGUGGGACGCCAAAUUGGGCUAUCACCGUGGGACCAUCUCGUCCCAACUAUCAUCUAUUCAAGUUAUUGGCGGGAAAGUAUCGAAGCUUCGAGUUUUGGUCACCAGGGUUUAUCCAGCGUUGUAUAUUGAAAAAUUCGAAGAUGGCAGUACUGUUACCAGAUCAGAGCGUCUGGAGAAUAUUCAUCAGAUGAAAACAGAAGCUGAGAGACAGGCAUUCAUGGAGAAACUGUACGAAGAAGUUGAGAAGGAGUUUGCCGAUCAGGAAUCACAGGAUUCUGAAGGUUUAUCUGAUAGUUAUAAAAGGACAUGCAUGGAGAGUGGCUCUCAGAUUGCUAAGAUGAUGAAGCAAAGCAAGGACCCUUCUGAGUUUAGAGCACAAUUAACCGACUCCCAACUGCAUCUGCUAGAAGCCCAUACAUCUAAAAACCGCGACCGUCUUCUCCAAGAUAUACAAGCAAGAGUAAGAGAUAAAAUAGAGAAAGCUGGGGUUUGUGUUAACAGGAAUGUUGUGAGCUUGUUGAAGAUCAGAGUCGCUGGAGUGAUAGAGAAAGAAGAAAAUGUUGAAGUUAGCAAAGGUAUGAUGUCAAUAUGGAAACCCAAUGAUGCCAUACAGGAAGUGAUCAAAGAGGGCGCUUGGAUCGACGUUUUGAAUGUCAUCCCUACUGCGGUCAGGUAUUCGGAAAUCCAAAUCUCAGCGAGCAGACAAUCGGUCUUUAGUGCCACAAAAUACAAGGAACCUGAUAAAUUUAAACCUUACACGAAGCUACUCCAACGCCAAUGGUAUACCAUAAAAGAUUUAGCACAAAAUCCAUCUAUGUCUACCGAUUAUAAUGAAAUCGAUACCGUUGGUCUAAUAUUCUUAAUCGAUCCAUCGAUUAAGGAAUUCGAUUCGACUAAACAAUCAUUUCAAAAUGUCUACUUAGCCGAUUCUGAUAAAAAUAUCAUUUGCGCCAAUUUCUGGGGCGGUUUAAAAAAGUUCGGCUUUCAGAAUGUCUUAGACACGGGACAGGUAUUGGCGUGUGUGAAUUUGCAAAAGAGGGCUGGCAACACUAGGAAAAGUAUCCCUCAGUUUCGGGUAACAGAGUUCUCGUAUUUUACCCAAACACCCAAAAAUGUUGCCGCAAGAAAAAUAUUAGAGGAAUUUAAUAAGAAAUUGAACGGAUUAGAUAGAAGGAAAUUUUGUCAAGAUUGUAUAAUUAUUAAAAAUAGUUUUUCAUACACUAAAAAUAAUGAAAAUAUAUCCCCAUAUAGGUGUAUGAAUUCUGAUGUUAAUAUGUCUAAGAAUAAGGUAUUUAUAGAUUCUCCUUUAGUAAGAACAAACAAGAUGGAUGAUAAUUUCAACCUUACCGGUUUAGAUUUCGAGUCCACUUUCAAACAAGACAGUCAGUUUUCAGAAGAAAUGUUGCAAAGGAAGAAAAAAGUUAACGAAAAGAUUGCCAGAUUAAAAAUGUAUGGUGAACCACCUCCUUUAUCACCCAUACAUAUAAUAAAUAGGUCUAAACAAGCUUGUAGUUCAUAUAAAAGUCCUUUAAUUUCAAGUAAUAGUAAUUCUAAUAUUCACAAUAAUAUCAAAACUGUCAACGAAAAUUCUACCCUAAAAACUGUAGAUAAUUUGCGCAAUAUUUCUGACAGUUCUAUUAAUGUUACCACUAUAGAAAUUACUCCCCAAAAGUGUGGAGUUCAAAGUGAAGUUAGCACCAGUCCUGUACUUUUAAAUAGGACUUAUGUUAAGAAUGUAAAUCCUGUAAAAAUUAAUUUUGAUGUCCAAGAAAAUAAUGAUAGUACUGUUGAUCAUUUUGCUGAGGAGUUUGAGGGGAGUCCACCUUUAAGUCUGGACUGA